AUGCACCUUGUGUCAGUAUGCAUUAGAAUCAGUGCGCUUGGGUGGACAGAUUGGAGAGGAACUUCUUUCCUCACUUCCCCUCUUGUUUCUUUCCAUUCUUUUACAGGCCAUGAUAUAAUUGCCUGGUUGACACACAAAUACAGAAUCAGCGAGGAGGAGUCUCUGCACCUUGGCAACAUGCUGGUGAAAUAUGGAUAUAUUUACCCCCUCAAAGAGCCGAGGUGCCUUGUGCUACGGCCCGAUGAGUCACCCUACCGCUUCCAGACUCCUUAUUUCUGGACUAGUACCAGGUGGCCCGCGUCAGAGCUGGACUAUGCAAUCUAUCUGGCUAAAAAGAAUAUAAGAAAACAAGGCGAACUGAUGGAAUAUGAGAAGGAAAGGUACAGUCUGUUGCACAAGAGGAUCAACCACACAUGGGACUUUGUUGUGAUGCAAGCCAGAGAGCAACUCAGAGCGUCCAAACAGAGGCGGAAGGCUGACCGCAUUGUUCUGGAGUGUCAGGAGCAGGCUUACUGGCUCAUCAACAGACCCCCGCCUGGGGUUAAUAAUGUGUUGGACACAGGCUUGGAGCGACCAAAUAGCUUCAGCUGCAGAGUCACACUGAACUAGAACAGUGACUACUACAAAAGAGAGAUUGAAGCCUGUAGAAAGGCUCUUGGAAGAAACCGUGUAAAAUCAUCCAUCUGCCUAGAAGGUUUUCUGAAAUACAGCGAGCAGUACCUGAACCACGAUCCCAUUAUGCAAGGCUGCCUGCCCAGUAACCCCUGGAUCUCUGAUGACACCGCGCACUGGACGAUGAACGCAGAAAUAGUGCCGGUCCCGACGCGUCUACGAGUAGAACGCUGGAGCUUCAGCUUCAUGGAGCUCCUCAACGAUGCCAUGGGGAGGAGGGAGUUCAUGACCUACCUGGAGAAGGAAUUCAGUGCGGAGAACCUGUAUUUCUGGCAGGCGUGUGAGGAUGUCAGACAUGGAGAAAGCUCCAAAAUCGUAGAGAAAGUGGAAGACAUCUACAAGAAUUUCCUGGCUCCUGGAGCGGCCCGCUGGGUCAACAUCGACAGCAAGACGAUGGAUAAAACCUUAGAGGGGAUCAAACGGCCGCACCGCUUUGUCAUGGACGACGCGCAGAUGCACAUUUACUUCCUCAUGAAGAAGGACUCCUAUCCAAGGUAUCUCAAGUCUGACCUGUACAAGAACAUGCUGGCCAAAGCCAUCGUCCCCCAGGAAACCAAGAAAAGCGUGUUCCCCUUCAUGAGACGCCAGAGGCACUCUAGCCCCUCCCCUGCUCAGACUGCCACCCAGGCAGCAGAGGAAGAAGGCCUUGCCAAGGGGGCAGGUGCCAACUCUGCAGCUGGCUCGCAUUUCUGAUCCAGGCCAAAAAAAAGAAUCCAAAAGAGAGAGAAAGACUCGGUCACUUUACUCUCUGUUGUCUGAGUUUUUUCUUUAAAGUCAAACAGAGCUUCUCGUACGCCGCAGCAACAUCACUAGAGCUUUGAGAAACAGGUGUCAUGGCACACCUGAGCAGCAUGCCACUGAAGGACAACCAGUGAACCACAGAGAAGAGCUUUUUCUACACCCUUUAUUGUUGCAUCCUCAUCCCAUCACAGUGUGCUGAAUAGUUUUUCCUGUGAUCCCCAUAUCAAGUGUUCUUUUUCUAUAGAAUCCUGAGCCGGUUUAGGUAAAGGCGUCGGUAACGUGAUAUUUCUUCAGAGAUCUGCCUCAGUGUGACUGUGAUUGUUGGGCAGUUUGCUUGUGCAGUUGGAGCUGCACAUUGCGUUUGUCGUUGCCGUUCACUUUUCUCUGCUCUCAACUCAAUAAAAUGUCACAACAGCAGUUAGUGUGGUGCUACAGCCUCAGCCCUGCAUGCUGUGAGUACCUGUGAGUGUGUGGAUCAGCGACCAGGUUUUAGAGCACCCUUUCCUUCCUCUCUUUCUACCACACACUGCUAAUCGAUUUCAUGGUUUAAGUUUUUAAAUCACCAGAAAAAAGUUAAGUAAAAAAAUAAAUAAACAAACGUUCCCACUGAAA